AUGUCAUCGAAUCUACCAGUCCUGAUGGAGAGCGUAUUUGGCUGGGUCGUGAGUGGAUCAGCAUCUACCUCUCAGCCAGCAACAUCCAAUACUUUUCACACUUCAUCCGUGGUGUGUAUGGUUUCACUAGAAGAAUCAAUAGAGCGUUUCUGUAAAGUGGAAGAACUACAGGUUAACGAUGGCUAUUCUCCUGAGGAUCGCAAAUGUGAGCAAUUUUACAAAGAUACAACACAGCGAGAUGAAGCUGGUCGUUAUAUGGUAUGCUUACCUAAACAAGCAGAAUUCGAUGAUAAGCUUGGCCUUUCAAAGGCAGCAGCAUUAAGGCUACCAAACGUAAUCGUAGAUCCAAACGUAAAAGCGGCGUACCAUGAUUUCAUGCGUGAGUAUCUGGAGCUUGGGCACAUGUCACGCAUAAAAAAUCCCUCCGACGACGAACGCGCGUAUUAUCUGCCUCACCAUCCCGUGUUCAAAGCCGCUAGCUCCACAACAAAGGUUCGCGUGGUAUUUGAUGGUUCAGCUAAGACGUCCACCGGCUUUUCGCUAAACGAGGCGUUAUGCAUCGGCCCUGUCGUGCAGGACGAUCUGCUCGACAUAAUUUUGCGCUUCCGCACAUAUAAGGUAGCCGUUGUUGGAGAUAUUGCGAAAAUGUAUCGACAAGUAUUGCUCCAUCCUAACGACCGGAAAUUUGUACGCAUUUGCUUUCGAUUUUCGCCUCACUCGCCAAUCGAAUAUUUUGAGCUGAAUACGGUUACUUAUGGCUUAGCCCCCUCAUCAUUCUUGGCAACCAGAACAUUGCUGCAGCUUGCAAACGAUGAGGGCGCCUCUUGUCCCAAUGCUGCAGCUGCUUUGAAAACUAACUUCUACGUUGACGAUUUCAUCGGUGGUGCUGAUUCCAUCGGAAAUGCUCGCCAGUUGCGAAUCGAGCUUUCUCAAUUGCUCGCCAAAGGCGGCUUCGAGCUGCGAAAGUGGACAUCCAAUCAGCUCGAGGUGCUCGCCGGUUUAAAUGCGGAUCAAAUCGGCACACAGUCAGCGCGGCAAUUCUUACCACACGAGACGGUAAAGGCUCUUGGUGUUUCAUGGGAGCCAGAGCAUGACGUUUUAUCCUUCGAAUCCGCAAUAUCCAGUGAUGUGUCCAUUCCGACAAAGCGAUCCAUUCUAUCCAACGUAGCUCGCAUGUUCGAUCCGCUGGGCCUGAUCUCCCCGAUUGUCAUUCGGGCCAAGAUGAUGAUGCAGGAAUUAUGGUUGCAGAAAGCUGGUUGGGACGAGUAUGUUCCAGAUACUAUCUGUAAGAAAUGGAAAACAAUACAAGAGGAUUGGCAACUCAUCUCUGAAUUCAAGGUUAGUCGUUAUGCGCUUCUACCUGGUGCGCGUAUUCAGCUACAUACCUUCUGUGAUGCAUCGGAGGCAGCAUAUGGAGCCUGCAUUUAUGCGCGUUGUGAAGGCGAAGGUGGGCAGAUUCGCAUAACGUUGCUUUCUUCCAAAUCGCGUGUGGCACCGCUCAAGCGCGUCACACUACCCCGCCUUGAACUAUGCGCUGCUGUAUUAGGAGCACACCUGCAUCACCGAGUAAAGAAGGCGAUGGGGAUCAACGUUGCAGAAUCUUUCUUUUGGUCGGAUUCCACCAUCACCUUAACCUGGAUCAGCGCCACACCCAACACAUGGGCAACGUUUGUGGCUAACCGGGUAUCUGAAGUGCAGCAUUACUCACACCCGCGGCAGUGGAGACAUGUACCCGGCGCGUCUAAUCCUGCUGACCUGGGUUCACGAGGCAUGUCAGCCGCUGAUUUCCUGAAAAGCAAACUGUGGAGCUUCGGUCCGGAUUGGCUAUCUUUGCCCGCUUCCAUCUGGCCCAACUCUAACCCGGAACCAGCCAACGAAACGAAUCUAGAGAAUCGCCAGCUACAAGCGAUUGCUGCGUAUCGUAUCAUACUGCAUUCGCUUCACACGUAA